AUGCAGGAUCAACGCAGGUCAGGGGAGACGAUGAGCAGUAUGGAAGAAGGAGGAAUUGGUGCGAAAGAGUUCGAUUACACCACCUACUACAAUGUGCCCGAAUGUCCUGUCUUCCGCCCGACAGCAAGAGAGUUUCAAAAUCCUUCCAAGUACAUUGAGUCCAUUGCCGACAAAGUUCGACCCUUUGGAAUUUGCAAGAUUGUUCCGCCAGAGUCCUGGAAGCCUCCCUUCAUGCUCAACAGGAAGACCUUCUCCUUUCGGACAAGAGUACAACACGUGAACUACCUCGACGGUCAGGCUCGGCAGCGGCUCAUCUUUGUUGAGAACCUCUGCCGCUACAUGUCUCGCAUCGGACGGCCGCUAGAGAGGCUGCCGACUGUGGGAAGUGCCACCCUGGAUGUCUGCAGGCUGUUCCGAGAAGUGGUCAGCAGGAAGGGGAUGGUGGCUGUGACGGGAGGGAAGCUGUGGUCCGAGGUAGCACGCGCCAUGGGCUUCGAAGCUCCGUUCGGAGCUGCGCUCAAGAUGCAUUACGGGAGGAUACUGUUUGAGUAUGAGAAGUACAAGCACCCGGAGCUCAACGAGGUGAAACAGGAAGAGAUCGCAGAGGAGGCGAUGGAAGGGCAUGAGGGAGAGGAGGCUAAGGCAAGUGAGGAGCAGAAGAAGAAGAGGAGGAAGAGGAAGGUGGAGGCCGACUCGAGUUCUCCCGUGCGCAUCACGCGGGGAAGGAAGGCGGAGGAAGAGAGCUCGUCGGUCAAUGGCAAAGAGGCCGAUCCGACGAGGAUGGAGGGAGGAGCAGCUGCGGGUGAAGAGGAGGAGCAGAGGGAUGGGGGAUGCGCCAAGAUAACAGCAGCAUCUGAUCCCGUCGUAAAAGUGGAGGAGGAGGAGGAGGAGGAGGCAGUUGAGAAGGUUGCAGAGCCUCGGACGCCUGAAGACUCUCAAGUGAAGCAGGAGGAAGACAAGGAUGAAGAGAUUUUGAUACAGGAGAAGAAGGAGAAGCAGGAGGAGAAAGAGAUUGAGACUGCGAGAGGAGGGAAGCAAGAGGAGGCUGGAGCGGCCAUGGAGAUGGACACAGAGAAGAAGAAGGGAAACGACUCCGAGGAUGAGGAUGCGGAAGACUACGAGUUUGGUUACCAUGACGGGAACGUGUACAGCCUGCAAGGCUACAAGAAGAUGGCGGACAGCUGGAAGGAGACGUUCUUCGAGAGAAGCAUCAAGUCGAUCACGCAAGAUGAGACCGAGAGGAUGUACUGGAGGGUCCUUGACCAUCCUGAGACGGCGGUGGAGGUCGAGUACGGCAGUGAGCUACACACCACCAUCCACGGCAGCGCCUUUCCGACAGCAGGGAACCCAAGGAACCCGCUGGACAACACGAGCGCCAACUCAGCCUACAGCAGGUCAGCGUGGAACCUCAACAACCUCAACAGCUGUACGCUGCUGAGCUAUGUCAAGGAGGACAUCCCUGGUGUGAUAUCUCCUUGGAUCUAUGCUGGCAUGUGCUUCUCUACUUUCUGCUGGCACAAUGAAGACCACUACCUCUACAGCAUCAACUACCUCUGGGAGGGAGAGCCGAAGCAGUGGUACGGCGUCUCCGGCGAGGAGGCGGAUGCGUUCGAGCAGGCGGCGCGGGAGUAUGCGCCCGAGCUGUUCCUGCAGGAACCCGACGUGCUCUUCCGGCUGGUGACAAUGAUUCCUCCCUCCUACCUGAAGCAGAAGGGCGUCAACGUCUUCCGCGCGCGGCAGGAGGCAGGAGAGUUCAUGCUCACGUUCCCUCGCGCCUACCACGGAGGCUUCAACAUGGGCUACAACCUCGCCGAGUCCUGCAACUUCGCCCUCACCGACUGGAUCCCCUGGGGAUGUAUGAGUGACUUUCGGUACCGCGAGCUCGCGCGGCCCCAGGUGUUUUCCACCUGCGCCUUCCUCGUCUCCCUCGCCCAGGACUGCAAGACGGUCGCGGCGUCGGUGUGGGCGCAUCCCGAGCUGACUCGAUACUUCCGCACGGAGAAGGCAAGGGCUCUCCUCCUCCUCUCUCAGGGACUGAGCAGCAGGAGGACGAUGGAGCAUCACGAGUUCGGGGGCAUCCUGACCAACGUGCUGCACGGGAAGGCAGGAGGGGGAGGGAGUUUCUUCGAGGGGAAGCGAGUUUGCAACGGGAGGGUGAAGAGGCUGAACCUGAGCAUGCAAGAGUUCCGCCGCAGGCGGGACGAGGCGCAGCGAGACGAGUGCUUCCACUGCAAGGGCAGCACGUUCCUCUUUCAAGUCCGCUGCUCCUGCGGGAAGAAGGAGGUCAGCUGCGUGUGGCAUGCGGACAGCCUGUGCGAGUGUGCGCUGUCCAAGAGGAUACUGGAGGAGAGGUUCUCGGAGGAGGAGAUGAAGGACCUUCUGGCAGAGGAGAAGGCUCGCGCCGACGCCCCCAAGGAGUGGAGCAUCCGCUCUGCAGCAGCAGCUGGUGGAGGGCGAGACGAUGGUCAGAACGAGCCCUCUGAUCCAGCUGAAGAUGGCGGAGCUGAGAAGCGUCGUCGAUGCCUGCAAGCAGUGGAGCUCGAAGGCGCAGAAGUGCUCGCGGGGCUAGUCGGAGAGUUUGCCGGGCUCGGCUUCACCUCGUCGGAGCACAAGAAGCUCGUAGGGAAGCUCGAGCUGGUUCGCUGGAGGAAGCGACUUCCUCCCCUCCCAGGAGCGAGCGGCUGCCUCGGCCAUGCCCUUGUGACGCUGCAUGCAGGUCGGAUCACCAUGAAGGAGCUGAAGGAGCUGCUGGCGGUGGCGGAGGAGAAGAAGAUCGCGUGCGAGGAGCUGAACAAACUUCGAGACUCGCUGGCACGCGCGUCGCUGCUGCUGUCGAAGAUUGUCAAGGCAAGGAGCAAGCGAUCGAACAUGCAGAGCCUGCGGGCGAUCCUAGAGGAGGCGAGGAAGGAGGAGGAAGAGGAGGAUAUCAAAGUCGAGAUCGAAGAAGUGAAGGAGCUCAGGACAGACCUCGAACAGUGCGACUUGUGGGUCAAGAAGAUACGAAGUUUCUCUUUCUGCCGGGGAGGAGGAGGAGGAGGAGGAGGAGGAGAGCAGCAUCCGGAGAAACCGACCUUGUCAGAGCUUGAAGGUCUACAGAAUCUGUAUUAUGGUCUCAACAUCUUCGUGGAUGCUUUCGAUAUCAUCCGAGCUCCGAUACAAGAGGGACAAGAAGAGACACUGCGGGUGACGGUGGACGAGGCAGCAGCGCUGAGGAGCAAGGUUGAAGAGUAUCAGCGAUGGUGGGAGGUAACCAAUCCGCUGGUGGAGAGAGCGAUGAAGGACGAGACGGUUCCGGACGCCCUUGCGCUACAGCAGGAGCUGCGUGCCGCGCACGAGACGCUGUCGUCACUCGGAAUGCGAGGAAGGGAGCUGGAGCUUGAGGAGGAUACGCUUUUCUCGGAGACGAGGAGGAGGAUCCUGUCGAGCCUGCCUGCGGCCUGCGUGUGCGGGAAACUUGUGAAGGAGGAAGAAGCGAUGCGAUGCGCCGAAUGCUCCCACAAAGCAGGAGGAGCUUUCAAGCCCUGUACCUCCGGAGACUGGGUUCACCUGUGCUGCGCCAAGAGGGCCGAGGGAGUUCUCUUUGUGGACGAGGAGAGGAAGGAGCCGGUGGCUGGCGUUCCUCCACCAGCGGUGCCUAGGAAGGGCGUCAAGUGCAGCAUGUGCAAGCUUGCAGCAGGACAACUUGUGACAUGCUCCGUGAGCGGCUGCCGGAUCAAGUUCCACCUCUACUGCGCUCUCUCCUGUCGCCUGCGGGAGAGGAGGAAGGGGUUCGCGUGCUGGAAGCACUCGAGCGAGGAGGAGGAGGUCUACUGCAUCUGCCGGCAGGGGUAUGAAGAAGGAGAGUUUAUGAUUGAGUGCGAUCACUGCAAAGAAUGGUUCCACGGGUCCUGUGUCGGUGUGGAGGAGGAAGCUGCGGAGGAAUGGGAAACUUGGACGUGCGAUAAGUGUCGAGCUACUGCUGAACCCGACGAACUUGCAUGA